GCUUUUACUCCAGUCAUGUAUAUCCAAAAAAUGCAGCUGGUUUGCCAGAGCCCUGUAGGUAAGGAAGGAGGAGUGUCCCAAAGGGAUGCAGAAAUAAAACACACCUAGGCUGAGGCGUGGUCUGCAUCUGCUGGGCACGGGGGCUGAGCCCUUGGCAGUGUCCCAGGAGCUGGUUCCAUGAGCCAGGGAUGAGUGCUGGGCUGUGAGGGGUGGCUGCCUUUCUGAGCUUUAUUGGGGUGGGCAGGUCACUGCUCCCCCAAGAGCAGAGCUUCGCUCAGGGAGUGUUUCAAAGCUUUACAGGGAUGUUUCAGAGGUGAAGUACUUCUGAAUGCAGGGAUCUUGGACCUGCUCUGUAGCAUCAACUGGUGGUGUGAAACCUGUUUUUCUUUAAACUAGAGUUUCUCACUGAAACUUCAGAUUUCAGCAUUGUUGAAUUCUGUAAGAACUGCUUUCUGGGGUUUAUUUUGAGGGUUUUGUGGGGGAGGAUGUUCUGGGGUUUUUUGUUUCCUAGCAUUGUGUGCUGACAGUAACUUUUCCUUUCCUCCAUCUCUAUUUUUGAGGUGCCAAUUUGCUCAGGGAGCGGGACAGGAUUCUUGCUUGUGUGUGAACAGUUCAACAGCUACAGAUGCUUUUAAGUUCUGACAGGCAGAAACUGGCACUUGAGAGCUGUUGUUCCAAGCACUUUGUUGUGCUGCUGCUCUGUAUUUUUGGAGUGGUUUGCCAUAGUAACAGAGUGAGAAUUUGUAUAACUGGGAGAUUUUAGUGUUUCUGAUUAUGUAAUGAAUGUACUUUCACAAAAGAAUGAACACAAACAACUUUGUGCCAAUGGAGAACAAAAGGGGGUUGAAAAAAGCACUUUCCCUGAAGUCCUCAAAUAUUAUUUCCCUACAAUUUUUUUAUUGAAUCUAAAAAUUAGGAAAAAAAGUCCUUAGUUCAUAUAUCCCAAGUGUGGGAGUGGUGAUUGGUUCUUUGUAGAAUCUCAAUAUUUUUAAGAGACUGGGGAUAGAUAGGACUUUGUGGGGGGAAAAGGAAGGAGGGAAAAUGACUCCUCUCAUACCCUUUAUUCUAGAUCUUUCUUUUAUUUAGUGAUCUAAUCCAUACCUGAGCUCUGGAGAGAGGCUUUUCUCCUCCUGCCUUCUGUCAGAGUGCAGAGAUGGAUGUGCAGAAGAAAUUGCUGUAUAGAAAUGGGGAAAAACCUAAAAGAUGGGUGCAUGGCAUUUCCCUGGAGAGCCUGUAGGAUGAAAUUCUGGACUGUGAGGUUCCCUCUGAGGGUUUGUUUGCCCCGAGCUGCAUUGGGGUGUGGAAUAAGCCAGGCCUAACCAUUUCUUGUGGUGCUGUUUUCUCUUCAGAUGGCUCCUGAGCUGAGCUGAGCCCAGGUGCUGGAGCCUCAGUGAGUGUUGCUGCUCACCAGGAGGGACUGCCUGCAAUGACCAGCCGUGAGUGCAAGCUGAGCAUCCUCCCACCAGCUCCAGGGCUGUGCAGCUCCCUGCAGCUGCCUCUGCUGCCAGCCUCACCUCAGGACCAGCAAACUGCACUUCUGUUUCAGCAGAGGAAGGGAAAAACCCCAUGUGCUUCCUAUCCUACCCUUCACAGAACCCCAGAGUGACUGGGGUUGGAAGGGACCUUAAAGACCACUCUGUUCCAAGCCCCUGCCAUGGGCAGGGACAUCUUCCACCAGAGCAGGCUGCUGCAAGGCCCAUCCAGCCUGGCCUUGGACGCCUCCAGGGCUGGGGCAGCCACAGCUGCUCUGUGCCAGGGCCUCCUAAGGAACUGCUUUUCCUUCUGGCUCUUACUGUGUGCUGCACUUGGGCAGGGCUGACAUCCCAGGAAUGAUGCCAUGACCUGGUGCAGUGUUGGACAGCCAGUUUAUCCUUCAGAAUUUUCUUUUUUCCUUUGGAACACAUAACCAUCUAUUUCUUACAGCCUCUGUCCCUUUUAAUAAGCCCUUUUCAGCUAGAGCAGUUAUCCUGGGUGGGCAAAGUUUGAAUGUUCCAGCUAUGAUGGAACACCAGCUAUAAAUCUGUAUAAAUGCUUGAGGUACCUCAACUAGUUUUUAGAAAAGCUGACAGCAGUUUAUUUUGCUAUGGCUACAGCAAGUUUGAUUUUUAAUUUAUUUCUUUAGUUCUGUUGAAGUUAUUGCAAGUGGUGUUCAGGUUUCGGCCUCAGUGUUUUGUAGCUGAAGGGGCCGUUCUGUUAGUGCCAGGGUGUGAAAUGCUGCUGUGUGAAGUUCGCAGGCACCUGUAGAUGGUGAUGCGCUCUGCUCCACGCCUGCAUCCCCCUCCCAUUCACCUGGGCCAGGCAACCACCAGGCUGGAUUAAUUCUAUUUAUUAUCCUCGUUACUUUUCUGAGCGUGUGGGAUAACCUUGAAAUCCUUUCCAUUUCCAAAGCAUUUUGGCCUUGGGCUCUGUUAGGGUGUCAGGACAGCAGGCAGCCAAGGCAGCCUGGACAGCCCUGCUGCUCCCUUGCUUUUAUUUCCUCACCUCUUAUUUUUGUGUCCCCUUUGAAAGGACACUGAGGAACAGGAGGAACCGCUGCCGUUUGCGUCCGUGGCUGCAGAGCCUCAGCCGAGCCUCUGGGCUGUUUUCAAACCAGGUUUUGCCUCAGGAGGCGCUGGCUGCUGCUGCGGGAGGCGGUGUCCGGGAGCCUCCCCGGCCUUCCCCUCACGGCCGGGGCUGCCGGGCCGGGGCGGGGCCGAGCCUCCGCCGCCCCCGGGCCUGGCUUUCCUCGCGUCCCCGAGGCUGUGACGGCGACGGGGAAGCCACGUCUGGCACCGCCCGCGGCUGCUCCCCAGCAACGCCUCGGCAGCGAGCUCAGCUCGGCCGGGCCGGGCCCGCUCCCUUCCCGCUCCGUUCCCGGAUCCCUCCCCGCUGCCAUGCGCCAGGCCCGGCUCCCGGCGCCCCGCGGGCUCGGCUGCUUUGUGCUGGUGCUGCUGCUGCUCCUGGGCGGCUCGGGCAGCCCCGGCACAACGCCGCCGCCGCGGCCGCCCUGGGCGGAGCAGCCGGGAGCCGUCCCGGAGCGGGCACCGUGGGGCACGGCGAGGUACGAAGCCGUGAAGAAGCAUCUGGGAGCUCUCUCCAAGCAGUACUGGCAGUACCUGGCGUGCAAGGUGUGGCAGGAGGGCUGCGAGGAGGAGGAGACGCAACAAGAAGAGCGGGAGGCCGGGGCCGUGCCAGGCUGGGGCUUUCCCCUGGUGGGGCAGGAUUACCUGGAGAUCCUCUCUGCCUGGUACUGCAGCUUUGGCAGGUGCUGUGAGACGGGAGACUGCAGGAUAAUCAACAACAUCACAGGGCUGGAGGCAGACCUCAGUGGGCAUCUCCACGGGCAGCACUUGGCCAAGGCCGUGGUGCUGCGGGCGCUGCAGGGCUUCCUGCAGAGCCCAGGGCCCCGCAGGGCUCUGGUGCUGUCCUUCCAUGGCUGGUCUGGCACAGGGAAGAACUUUGUGGCUCGGAUGGUGGCCAGUCACCUGUACCGGGACGGGCUGAGGAGUGACUGUGUCAGGGUGUUCGUCUCCCUGCUCCACUUCCCACACCACAACUACGUGGACUCCUACAAGGCCCAGCUGCAGAGGCAGAUCAGCGAGACCCUGCAGCGCUGCAGGCAGGCCCUGCUCAUCUUCGACGAGGCCGAGAAGCUGCACUCCAGCCUCCUGGAUGCCAUCAAGCCCUUCAUGGCUCAACACGACAGCAAGGGCCAGGCAGAUCAGCAGAGAUCCAUCUUCCUCUUCCUCAGCAACCUUGGUGGCAACACCAUCAACGAGGUGGCCCUGGACUUCUGGCGAGCGGGCCGGGCACGGGAGGAGAUCUCCCUGGAGCUGCUGGAGCAGCGGCUGCGGCUGGAGCUGCAGGAGCCUGCAGAGAACAGUUAUGCCCACAGCCAGCUCCUCAGAGAGAACUUGAUUGAUUUCCUGGUGCCCUUCCUGCCUCUGGAGUAUCACCAUGUGAAGCUCUGUGCCCGGGACGCCUUCCUGGCCCGCGGGCUUCCCUACACCGAGGCAACGCUCGACCAGGUGGCCCAGAUGAUGGUGUUUGUCCCCAAAGAGGAGAAGCUUUUCUCUGCACAGGGCUGCAAAUCCGUGCCCCAGCGCAUCAAUUAUUUCCUUCCUUGAACGCCAGGGGGACCAGCCGUGUGCUGAAGGUGUUCUGCACUCCGGGAGCUGCUCCCUUCACACAGGGUCAGAGGCGGAUGAGCCAGCCAGGCACUUGCACAGGGACUUAACAGAGACUUAAGCCCUGUUACUCCCAGAGCUGUUGCAGGGAAGGAGGUGCAUCCCUUACUCCUGGGAUGUGGGGACAGCCUGUGCUUGGCUGCUUUUGGAGCCUGUCUGGUGCUCUAAGUCCCUUCUUUUAGCUGGAGGGGUGAUGUGGUUCUGCUGGCAGAUGCUGUUCCAUGUGAGUGGGGACUGGGAAUGUCCAAGUCCUUGUUGUGUUGCUGUGUGGUGAAGGGAGGCCUUGGACAGGCUGGUCCUGUUGAGACAGUGUGGCCAAAGCCACAUCCCCAUCCCCAAUUUUCUCUGUCAUUUUACAAGACUACACAGAACUGCUUUGCUGGAGUUGAGGUUUUUCCCCUCUGUUGCUCCCUUGCCUUUCUGAGGUGUCUGCUGCUCAGGGACACAGGUGCCAGGACUGUAGUCUGUGCAGGGAGAAAAGGACUGAAUAAUCUCCUCUGGAGAUGGCAAAUCCAUAGCUCUCACCUUGGAGUGUCCACCUCUCACCGGAGUCUUCCGUUGUAUGGAAGCAGCUGCUGGGGUGAGGAACUUCUGCUGCAAUUAUUUUACUGAGCAGGUUGGUGCAGAGCCCGUUUCCUUCACUGCAGAACCAAAACAGGGAGAGCUCCUCUGCCCAAGGGCAGGUGAGGAGGAUGGUGGCUGAAGCAUCAGGCUGCAGCUGAAUGUGAGUUUUCAUGGAUGCAGUAAAAGCUUGGGUUUUUUCCUUCCUUUUUCUUGUUUUUCUCUUCAGUACAUUUCAUGCUGUGGCUUUUUGGCUGGCAUCAGCAUUAUUGUUAUUAUUAUUAUUAUUACAAGGGGCUGUUUGCUGUCUGGGUACUCGCCAGGUGAUAAGUGUGUUGCAGCAGCUCCAACAAAUUUCAUCAGUGUUACAGGAAUCACUCUGUGACCUCCGGGUCAAAACUCCCUUCCAACAGGGCUGAGCUGGCGAGCAGUGAAACAGCCCCUGCCAAGGACAGGGCUUGGCUUCCCAGCCACCCCCACGGGGACCUUUGCUCUAUUUUAAGCUCUGACCCAUUUUGCAGUGCCAGUGAUGAGCAGUGUGACCUCUGGCAAAGAUUGACCAGGCAGACACAUGUGAGCCCUGCAGACUUUGGGUCCCAGCAGAGAUGAGGCAGCUGCUCUCCCACUGCUCAGCCAGUGCAGGUGGCUUAACCCAGCCGUGUGGAAUGGACCUUGGAGCUCUGCCAGCGUGGCUCAUCAGGCAUUCCUGAGACCUGGUUUAUGGUUAAUCCCAGGUGUCAGAAACCUGGAACCAUGGGGGUGAUGGCUCCAGCUGGGGCUGCCUCCCAGGACACAGCUCAGGGUGUGUUUGGGCACCUGGGCACAAAGUUUGGCAAGCUGUGUGCUGAAGGGUAGGAGCCAGAAGGCCGUGUGUGUAAGCCAGGAGCACCUGGGGGUUUUUCUGAAUGACAAGAAGUGUUCAGCUGGGUUGGGCUGGCACAGGUUGCGUGGCAGGAGGUCGCUGGGGCACUUUGGGUUUGAGGUGGGCAGGGGAGCAGCUCUGGCUGAGGUGGUGACACUGACAAGGGCGAGGCCAGAGCUGUGCUCUGCUGGCUCACCAGUGUGUGUGUCACACCUGGGUGAGCUCUGAUCAGCCCACAACAGCAACAGCUGCUCUCUGACCAUGCCAGGGCAACAGUUUGGUUCUAAAUAGAUACUGCAUAAAUAAAGAUACUGCUUUUUCUGCAA